AAGCGAGGGGAUCCGAAAAUUCGAAGCCCACUAAUGAUAAAAAGCAGCGCUUCUCGGAAGAAAAGAAUAUCAAAAGACGACACACACCACUUUGUGACUUUGUGAGGGGAAGAGGAGAGAAAAACCGAAUUGUUGAAUAUUAUUCGUCAGAGUUCGCUUUGUUUCAUUAUUGCUUUGGCUUUCAAAGAGAGGGAGUAAGACCAAAGAAAAUUCCUUUGGCUUUUGCUUUGUCUCCAAGACAUCCUUUGGGCUUCCAGGCAUUUUUUAGACUAAUUGUUUUGUUGGGUUUCAGUCAGUUUUUGUGAUUGUGGGUAGCUUUCGGUUAACGGAAUUUGAUGGUAUUCUCAUGCAAUCUUAACUAAAGAGUCGUGUUUGGAGUGAAAUUCAAAGUCCAUAUCAAAUAUUUCAAUGGAGGAAGAACCUUUUCCUGCAUGGUCAUGGUCUGUUGAACAGUGUUUAAAAGAGUACGAUGUGAAAAUUGACAAGGGUCUAAGCUCCUAUGAGGUGGAGAAGCGGCGUGAGAGGUAUGGCUGGAAUGAGCUGGCCAAGGAGAAGGGUAAGCCCUUAUGGUGGCUUGUAUUAGAACAAUUUGAUGACAUGCUAGUAAAGAUUCUUUUGGUUGCCGCCUUUAUAUCAUUUAUUCUUGCUUAUAUGCAUGGAAAUGAAACUGGGGAUUCUGGGUUUGGGGCCUAUGUGGAACCAUUUGUGAUAGUGUUGAUUUUAGUCCUUAAUGCUGUUGUUGGGGUCUGGCAAGAGAGUAAUGCUGAGAAGGCACUUGAGGCCUUGAAGGAAAUGCAAUGCGACUCUGCAAAGGUCUUAAGAGAUAGAUAUCUCAUACCAGAGUUGCCUGCCCGGGAGCUUGUGCCUGGAGAUAUAGUGGAAUUGCGGGUUGGAGAUAAAGUUCCUGCUGACAUGAGACUUGCAUAUUUGAAAACCUCGACUCUGAGAGUUGAGCAAAGCUCGUUAACUGGGGAAGCAAUGCCUGUUCUGAAAGGCACUAGUCCUAUAAUCAUGGAGGACUGUGAGUUACAAGCUAAGGAAAAUAUGGUUUUUGCUGGCACAACAGUUGGCAAUGGAAGCUGUGUUUGUAUUGUUGUUAGCACUGGAAUGAACACUGAGAUUGGGAAAAUACAAAGGCAAAUACACGAGGCUUCUUUAGAAGAAAGUGACACCCCUUUAAGGAAGAAACUGGAUGAAUUUGGAAGCAGGCUUACUACUGCAAUUGGGCUUGCUUGUCUCAUUGUGUGGGUUAUAAAUUACAAGAAUUUUCUCUCGUGGGAUGUUGAGAACGGUUGGCCCAAAAACAUCCAAUUUUCUUUUGAGAAAUGCACAUAUUAUUUUAAGAUAGCUGUUGCGCUUGCUGUAGCUGCAAUUCCAGAAGGCCUUCCCGCUGUAAUCACUACUUGUUUAGCUUUGGGAACCAGGAAAAUGGCCCAAAAGAAUGCAAUUGUGCGUAAGCUUCCAAGUGUAGAAACUUUAGGAUGUACAACUGUGAUUUGUUCAGAUAAAACUGGAACUUUGACUACAAAUCAAAUGGCCGUGACACAAUUCUUCACUAUGGGUGGGAAAACAACAUCUUGUCGGGUGUUUCAUGUUGAGGGCACGACAUAUGAUCCUAAGGAUGGUGGAAUUGUUGAUUGGACUUGCUACAAUAUGGAUGCUAACUUACAAGGCAUGGCAGAAAUUUGUGCAGUUUGCAAUGAUGCUGGUGUUUUUUCUGAUGGUCGCAUAUUCCGGGCUACAGGUUUGCCAACUGAGGCUGCGCUUAAGGUCCUGGUUGAAAAGAUGGGAGUCCCAGAUGUCAAGGCUAGGAAUAAAAUCCGUGAUGCAGAGCAUGCCGCAAAUUAUUUGAUUGACCACAGCACAGUGAAAUUAGGUUGUUGUGAGUGGUGGACAAAUAGAUCUAAGAGGGUUGCAACAUUGGAGUUUGAUCGCAUCCGAAAGUCAAUGAGCGUUAUUGUUAGAGAGUCCGCUGGACGCAAUCGACUUCUUGUGAAGGGUGCUGUUGAGAGUAUUCUGGAGCGUAGUUCAUAUGUACAACUUGCGGAUGGAUCUCUUGUUCCCUUAGAUGAAACAUGUAGGCAACAGUUGCUUUUACAAAACAUGGAUAUGAGUUCAAAGGGAUUGAGAUGCUUGGGGUUGGCAUACAAAGAUGAAUUGGGAGAGUUUUCAGACUAUUAUGCAGAAAGUCAUCCUGCUCACAAGAAAUUGCUUGAUCCAGAAAUCUACUCUUCCAUUGAAAGUGACUUAGUUUUUGUUGGUGUUGUUGGCAUUAGGGACCCACCUCGUGAGGAAGUUCAUAAAGCAAUUGAGGAUUGUAGAAGAGCUGGGAUUAAGAUUAUGGUGAUAACUGGUGAUAACAAGUCCACAGCUGAGGCUAUAUGUCGAGAAAUUAAAUUGUUUACUGAUGGGGAGGAUCUUCGAGGGAAAAGUUUUACAGGUAAAGAGUUUAUGGCUCUUUCAUCCUCACAACAAAUUGAAGUAUUGGCAAAACCGGGGGCAAAGGUUUUCUCUCGUGCUGAGCCUAGGCAUAAGCAAGAAAUUGUUAGGAUGCUGAAGGACAAUGGGGAGAUUGUUGCAAUGACUGGAGAUGGAGUAAACGAUGCUCCUGCACUUAAACUUGCGGAUAUUGGAAUUGCCAUGGGCAUUACAGGAACAGAGGUUGCCAAAGAAGCUUCGGAUAUGGUUUUGGCCGAUGAUAACUUUAGUACCAUUGUUUCAGCCGUUGCAGAGGGUCGCUCAAUCUACAAUAACAUGAAAGCCUUCAUUAGAUACAUGAUAUCGUCAAAUGUUGGAGAGGUGAUAUCCAUAUUCUUAACUGCUGCUCUGGGGAUACCAGAAUGUCUGAUACCGGUUCAGCUUUUGUGGGUGAAUUUGGUGACUGAUGGCCCGCCAGCAACUGCUCUUGGUUUUAACCCUGCUGAUGUUGAUGUAAUGCAAAAACCUCCACGCAAAAGCAAUGAUGCUUUGAUAAACUCUUGGAUUAUGUUCCGUUACAUGGUUAUUGGUUCUUAUGUGGGCAUUGCCACCGUUGGAAUCUUCAUAUUGUGGUAUACUCAAGCAUCGUUUCUCGGUAUUAAUCUUGUCAGUGAUGGGCAUACCCUUGUCGAACUAUCUCAGCUUCGGAACUGGGGUGAGUGCUCUACUUGGUCAAAUUUCACGGUGGCUCCAUUUGCAGUUGGUGGUGGGCGCAUUAUGACUUUCUCGAACCCCUGUGACUACUUUUCAACUGGGAAAGUGAAGGCAAUGACUCUAUCACUCUCUGUGUUAGUGGCUAUUGAGAUGUUCAAUUCCCUGAAUGCACUCUCCGAAGACAGCAGUUUAGUUUCGAUGCCGCCUUGGAGGAACCCUUUCCUUUUGGUUGCCAUGUCAGUCUCAUUUGGACUCCAUUGUCUCAUACUCUAUGUUCCUUUCCUGGCAGACGUGUUUGGGAUAGUUCCUUUGAGUUUGAAUGAGUGGUUGCUAGUCAUUUUGGUUUCAGCGCCAGUGGUUCUCAUUGAUGAGGUUCUUAAAUUCAUAGGGAGGACUCGAAGGCGCGCAGAUAAAGAGAAGAUGGCUUGAUUCCGGCAAACUUUAUUAUUUUUGCGCGGAAAAGCUUUAGUUGCUGACACAUUUGGGGUGACUUUUUCUAUGAAAAGAAAAUUGAAAUGUUGUUCAACUUUUAAAAGAAUAGUUAAAUUAUGGAAAUGAAAGUACAUCUUUGAAAUA